UGCGAUGAUAAGAUAUAGUGUGAAACAAACAGCUGUUGUAAAUUGGAAUCAGGAACGAUGAAGUCGGUCGUGCUGCUCCUCUCUCUUCUGCUGCUUGCCUUCUCUGUCCUGUGUCAGGAGGAGCAUGCAGGUCUGCCUCAGGCUCCAAAGAUGACGGAUCCUCCAGCCACUCCUGCAGAUGGCCCAGCUGGACUCUCAGAGCCUCAAUGCGGUGAGACUGACAUCUGUACCAAAGAAUACAAGCCUGUCUGUGGAAGUGAUGGAAUCACAUACAGCACAGAGUGUGUCCUCUGCCAGCACAACAGGAAGGAGAGGGCUGAGGUGAAGGUGGUGAAGAAUGGACCCUGCUCCUCCUAACUCACCUGAGUUUAAGCAUGUUGCUGACACCUGUCUAACCAAUAAAGCAAUACAUUCUGCAA